AUGAGACCUCAGAAUGGUAGUUUCUCUGGAGGUAGAAAUCAAAAGAAGUCGUAUGCUAGGCCACAAAAAGGAGGUUUUGGAGGCUUGAAAUGCUUCGAGUGCGGAGGUCCUCACAUAAGGAGGAAUUGUCCGAGACUAACAGUUUCAGAUCCUAAGGAGAGGAAAUGUUACUUUUGCCAUAAGCAUGGACACUUCGCAUCUUCAUGUCCAAAGAAAAAGAUACCAGGAGGGGCACCAAAAACACAAAAGUUUUCUGGAGGGAAGCCAGUGGCAGCAGGACGAGUCUUUGCCAUGACAGGGGCCAAGGCGAGUGGGUGA